UUGGUUUAUAUAGCGGUGAGUCAGAACGCAGCGCGCACUCGCUGCAUGAAUGAGCGCGCGAAGACACUGAAAGCACUAGCGCAGCUCAGCUGCACAAGGAUUUCAAAGCCCUUAAAACGAGAUGUCUUUAUAGAAAAUAAUCAUAUGUAAGAAGUUUUACACGGCUUUUAGCGAAUUAUAAACGCAUUUUAGGAAAGCGUCACAUCCAGUUUAGGCUGUUUUAUAUUGGGACACUAUGCAUUGUCAAGCAGAGUUGAGACUCGCGAGCAGCGCGCAGCUGAAAGCGGCCAGACGACGAUACAAGACUUUCAUGAUAGACGAGAUUCUAUCCAAAGAAACAUGUGAUUACUUCGAGAAACUUUCACUUUACUCGGUGUGUCCCUCUUUAAUCGUCAGACCCAAACCUUUGCAUUCAUGCUCGGGCUCCGCCCCUUUAAGAUCAUACCCUCUCCUCUCCGUGAUCACGCAUCAACCUCCCAGCGGCAUCCCACAGCUCUCUCAACCCUCUCCUCAGGGACGGGUCACCAGCCUGCCCCUUCUCUCACCCCAGCACUCGUUUACCUCGGAGCCCACGCCCAGCGAGACACCCGUCAGCAUCAGCAGCGAAUCAGAGACAGAGCACUCCACCCCACGACUGAAGAAACCUCGCCGCAGUCGCACCAUCUUCACUGAGCUCCAGCUCCUGGGCCUGGAAAAGAAAUUUCAGAAACAGAAAUAUCUGUCCACUCCAGACAGAUUGGACCUGGCUCAAUCUUUGGGACUCACACAGCUGCAAGUGAAGACAUGGUACCAAAACAGACGCAUGAAAUGGAAGAAAAUGGUGCUUAAAGGAGGACACGAGGCUCCUACCAAGCCCAAAGGCAGACCAAAGAAAAACUCCAUCCCGACCACAGAGGAGAUCGAGGCGGAGGAACGUCUUGCGGCGCAGCUGGCAGACCAGGAGAGGUUACAAACCGAGCCGCAGCUUCAGGGGCAAGACGACGUCUUCCAGUCGCAACCGCAGGAUCUGAGCACUUCCGCUACACCUUGCAAGUCCAUCUGCCUUUCUGGCUCAGAGACCCUGGGUCAAGAACAAGCCCCGCCUUCUCUGUCAGAAGCCAUGGCAACCAGCUAAAUGCUAACACGUGCUAACGCGCAACCAAAGACUUUGCUACUGAACGACUUUGUGUUUCUAAUGAUCUGUGGACUUGAAGGGCUUAGCAAGCCUGUGUUUGUUUUGAAUGCAGUGGCCACCAAAAUAAAUGAAAUGAAUACGCCGCACUUUCAAAGUGCACGAAUGUCAUUGCAUACAGAAAUUUGUUUUGCAUUGUAAUGCAAUGGAGUUAACACAUUUGUAAGCGUUGCUAAGUGGCCAAAGACUUUAUGAGGCAACUGUAUAAGGCGAUGCAGUUAUCCAUAUUGUAAUAUUGCUUUAACUGUUCCUGCCAGCUGCCUUCCUGAAAUAUAGUCAGUAUUUUAUAAUGUGUAUAUGUAUAUGGUUUAAAAACCAUUAAUAUGCUGCCAGACACACUUACAUAAAGCCGAAUCACACAGACUCACUUUCUCGCACCAGUACAAGCAUGUUCUGUAUGGACAAACAGUAAGUGUUUAGUUUAUUCUGGAUAAAUUCCCCUUUCCCUGUAAAUAUUACGUGUUUAAUUGCCCCUGUAGUUUACGGUGCACCUGUGUACUAUAGCUUGGGAUUCUGUGCCAAAACACAUAUUUCUAAGAAGCUAAAAUGGUAAUUUUCGUUUUUUCCCCCCUUUCGUAUUACACAUCUAUGAAGCUGCUGCCUUUAAAAGUUAAUAGGACGGGUUAGUAUGAAUACCAGUGUAAACAUGUACAAAGAGCUGGAUUUUACAUGAGAAAACGUGACUCUUUUCAAAGCAGGAUCGUCCAGUUUGGGUAAAGCUUAACUUUAUUCAUUAACAUUUUAACGGACAAAGAAACUGUCAUCUGAGAACAAACACACACAAAAAUAAUAUUUGGAGAGCGAUGUUGAUAUAAGUACAGUGAUAUAAGUGCCCUCUCUCUCUCAAGCUAGCUGUAAUGUUUUCUGUGUUUGCGAAAGGAAAGAAUUUCCAUUGUUCGUUUCAUGUGUGGCAUGCAUCAAUUUUAUUGUAUCUGAACUGAAUUGUGCAUCAAAUCACUUUUUGUGUAUGCAUAACCCUUGCACAGCUAAGUACUUGGCUAAACACAUGAUGUAUGGGCUCCCAGAUGUAGCAUGCUAGCUAUUGUAUGCUUCUUCCUUUUUUGUUCCCAUUGACAAAAAUGAAAAAUUGUCUUUUUCCUCAGUGUGAUAUAAUCAUGACUAAGUGCAUGAUUUUAUUACUUUAAGAAAAACUACUUAAUCUGUCAGAGACGCAAAGCAAUUAAUAAAUCACCUCAGUGAAACCUGCAGAAAAACUGCCAAAAGAUAAAAUGUGUGAGACAUGUGGAAGCCCGCAGGAGCUUUGUACAUGCCUACAAAUCUGACUGACAGUCUACACAUACAUGCCACAAAAACUGAUGAUGUCCAACCGUUGCUGCCUUUUACUAAGACUUUAUUUGUAAAGUUUUUUCUUCAGUGUUUGGCUAACAAAUAUUCCUUCUUUGAUACAAAACACUAUUUUUGUGGUGUACAUACUGAAUUGUUUUGGGUGAGCAAAUAAUGCAGUUAUUUUGUAUCUUUUUUUUUGUGGAGAAGACUAUAGAUAUAUGAUGAACGUCCCUUUUUCACCCAAGUGUUCUCUUACUGAAUGUGCGUGCCUGUUUGCAUAUUUAAAACAUUUAAUAAAGAUGACAUUAAUUUUGGA